CGAUUGACCAACGCAUAUUAAUCGAACUAAUAUAACGCAAAACUAAUUUCCUGGGACGUGUUGUGCCAGUUAGACGUUCUCCGUAUUAACUCGCGCGUAUCACCGAGAAUGCGAAUUUCUCUCUUAGUAAUUGGAUGCCUUGCGGCCGCUGCUAUUUCAUGGCCCACAGUGCAAGCAGGAAAACAUUCAGCUGAUGACGACGAUGCUAGCGAAUCUUUUGUGGGAACUCCGGUUCGUCGUGGCGCUUUCCCAAGUGUGGGUGCGGUUUUAUUUGAAGGGCGUCAAAUUUGUGGAGCUACGUUAAUCAACAAUAACCAUGUCUUGACUGGAGCCGACUGCGUAGCAUUUUUAUCUGGUGUGCAGAAAACCAACGACCUUGCAAAACUUAAGGUUUACCUGAAUACCGUCGCUCUGAAAACCUACAAUCCCGGAGCUGUCAUUAGCAAUGUUCUUCGUGUCAAAAUUCACGAACUGUACGACAGAAAGACUAAAGCUAACAAUAUUGCUGUGUUGACUUUGGACGGCAAUGUGACGACGCUCUAUCCAUUGAGUCUUCCUGCGGAUGGCACAACGGAUGACUAUGUUGGCAAAACUGGGACCAUACUUCGUUGGGGAGCCACAAAAUCAGCAUCGACAAGUCACAAAAUUUUAUUGCAAGUCCCAGUAACCAUCAUCACCAAUGAAGCGUGCAGCAAAAAAUAUGGUUUGAAGAUAUCCAGCUCUUCCCUGUGUGCCUCUGCAGGUUCUCAAGAAGGACUCGUUUGCCAUGACGAUAGCAACGGCGAACCUGUCAUUGUUGAGGGACGUCAGAUCGGCAUUAUGAGCUGGGGGAAAGGCUGUAUGGAUUUCAAUUACCCAGGAAUUUACAUGAGGAUCACGGCUUACAUGGACUGGAUUAAAAAGAAUUUUUCUUAGCUACGCCAUUGCUUCGGCCACCGUCUUUGGUUUCUAUUCCUGUACUUUGCCUACAAUAUUCGUAAUAGGAGGAAACACGCAAAAAUAUAUGAUUAAAAACCUUGUUGCUUGAAAUACAAGGAUGUUGGAUUUGGCUCUGCAAA